UGUAAUAAUUAUUGAAUAAAAUCAGUAAAAUGAACAAUCCUAACAAUUCAUACAAAGAUCAAAAUUUUACUUGUGAUUUUGAAGGUUUCGACCUCACUAAGAACAACCUUGAUGAUGUAGAAGAGGAUUUAGAGGAAUUCAAUAGCUCUUUUGAAGAAAUUAAGGGCAACCGAGGUCAUCCAAGGAUAAAUGGAGGCACUUUUGACUAUUGCCCACCUUCCCAGAAACCCUACAACAAUCCUUGACGAAAAGAAAUAGAGGAUAUUAUCAGAAAUUGCUAACGAAGCAUUAGUUAAUAUAGACGAUGAGACUACCCCCUUAUUAGCAGGGAGGAAAGAUGACUUUGAAGGCAUGAAUGGAUAUUCAAAUUCUAAUUCGAGUAUCAGUUUUUACCCAGCAGCUGCUACCUCCACCUAUCCAAAAUGCAAGUUCACCAAUAACCAUGGAUUUAUUGAUGAGUCCAGCUCAUUAACUCUUGGUACAAAAGCUAAGCUGCCUUCUGAAGCUCUUAAUAACUUUGCAAGGUAUCAACAAAAGAUUGGAGCUGAGAAAAGAUUGAUAGAUAAAGUAUGCCAGGACAAGGACCUCACAGACCUCAUCCUCAAUCUCCACAAGUUUAAGAUACUCUAUCGUAAGAGGAUCACUGAAGAGACCCUUAGCAAGUCCAAACAGAAGCAUGAGAAAUACCAAAACUUAAUUCCAAAACAAGCCUCUCCAACUGCGAAUGAUCCUGAGAAGGCCAAUCUUCUUGAGAAGCUUAGCGCUCUGAACAAGGAAAACCGAUUUAACAAGAAGAAAGUUAAGGACUUGGAGAGAAAGAUCUGUAUUAUAUAGAGUCUCUACAAACCUCUGCAAUGAAAAACCUCGAGAUGUACCGCAAGGACAACGAUAAAUUAAAACAACAACUGGAAGAUGUCAAGAAAGGAUUUGACCAAAGUGAAGAGACUGACAGUGAAGAACCCAAGAAGAAAAAGAAGAAGAAGAGGAAUAGGAACAAGAAGAACAAGAAUUCCCAUAAAAGUUCUCUGGGACAGCAAGAGGGACAAACAGUGAACCAGGAGGCAGAAGAAAACAAGUCUGAUGCCAAGACGUCUACUGAUGUUGCCAAUGGGCGGGCAGAGAGCCCAAAGUCUCUCAUAAGUGGGGAUAAUUGUUCAAACGAGAACCUUGAGAGACAGCCAGGGUUUUCAAAACAAAAGGAGUUAAUUAUGAAAAAGAGCUCUACUGAAAAUGAAGAUUUUGCAUGAAGUCCUCAAAUGAGCAAGGGGCCAAAGAGUAACCAAGCACAGAAUAGCUUGAAAUCAAUAGAGAAAGACGCUCAGAUAGGCUACAACAAAAAAGAGAAUAAGAAAGAAAGUGCUCAGAAAGGUGGCAAAGACUCAAAAGAAAGCAAAGCUUGUGAAAGUGAGUCUACUGAAGAGGAUUCAUUAGCAGGCCUAAUGUUAGAUAAAGAUCGGAGUAACAGCGAUGAGAAAUUAGAUAUGAGAGGAAAGACAAAGAACACCACAGAAGUCAGUAAUUCUUCAAAAACUCGGGAGGACUUAGACCGUUCCAAGAAGAAGAAGGGGAAAAAGAGUGAGGCUGAUAAGGAGUAUGAGGAAAUCUAUAAUUUCCUGCAAGAGCAGUACGAGAGGAUAUUUGAAUCAGACCCGGAUUGUUUAGAACUUUAA